AUGACUCUUCCAUAUGUAAUAAUUCCAGAACACGAUAUUGAGAGUAGACUCGAAAGUAUGCAUGGUCCAGCAACCGAAUAUAAAUGUGGAAAUGGACUAAAGCCUAGUCAAGUUUCGCAUUUUACUCCUGGUCAAUCCGUUGAUUUCGAAUGGGCGAUGGGAGCUGCACGUGAGGGUAUAUGUUAUCUCGAUAUUUCAACUACUGGUAGAUUUUAUACAAUUGGCACUAUUAAAGAUUGCGCCAAUGAAAGUGAUGGAUCUUUCAAAUCCACGAUUCAAUUACCAAGUGGCGUAGAAUGCGAGCGUUGUACGUUACGCUUCAGAUGGAUGCCAGCGUCAUCCGGUGACACUUUUAUGAAUUGCGCUGAUAUUUCAAUUUCUUCUGAUAAAGAGACCAAAACUCCAAGCCAGCCAAAGCGAAAAAGAAACAACAACAAAUCACGUAACCUUAAUAAGAGAAAGCCAAGUCUAUUAGACGAUUCAUUUUUUAAACGUGAUUUAGUUUCUUCAGAAUCAAAAUCUGACAUCGUGAGUCAAACCAACAAACUGAUUGCACGUCAAUGGCCUUGCAUCGGAUGUGUAUAA